UGUUACUAUGGAGCUGCCGUUCACCCUCCAGUGGGCAGCGCACAGGGACUGUGUCCUUGAGAAGUGAUUCCCCCCACCCCCCGCCGUGUCCUGGCAGCCUGAGUGGAGAGAGGGCAGGGGGCUGUUCCCACCGCAGCCUCGGUCUCUCUGUGUCCUUCUGCGGAAAUGACACACACGGAGUCCCGUCACGUCACGCGAGAGCGCACGGACACGCAGCACACAAAGACACGCAGGGGGGAGGCAGUGGGGAAAGAACCCGACAAAAAGCUGAGGCGAGCCCCUCUCAGACUGCGCCUGCACCACACACAAGCGCGCGGCAGAUCCACAGCAAACACGUCUCUAUGUGAGGAAAAGUAAAAAGGAAAAUGAAUUCAGUUGAAUUCCGAGACGAAGAUGAUGAUACUGAAGUCAAAGUUGUAAAAGUGGAAUCGUCAGGUGAAGAAGAUCGACUGGUUUAUUCCCGGUCUGUUUCUGUACGGAGGCUGAUUCCAGAGACUACCCUUAACUGUCAGUCCAGUAAACGGAAAGUUCAUAACGCAUCUGAAAGUUCAAGCAAUGAUGCUGAAAUUCUUACAAUUUUGAAGAAAAAACGACUCGUCCAAGAGAAUCUUCUGUCAUGCAUCAGAAAUAGAGAGUCUGAACUUUCAGACCUGGAGUUAAGAAAUAAUUCUGAGCGCAGUAAUGCUUCUUCAGAUGGAGAUGAAAUGUUCAACGAAUUUUCAUCAUCUCACAAGAAACCUUUAUAUGGGAUUUCACAUAAAAUAACAGAGAAAAGAAACCCUAUUACAUCAGACCUCGUGUCCUCUAAUGACCAUUAUGAAAGAGGAAAUCAGGUCAGCACUUCGAAUAUCCGUGUAUUUACUGACUUGCGAAAACGAGAUUCUAGUAGCAACGGUAUGGGCUCUCAAAUGAGUGAUGACUCAAACAUAUAUUCUUUAAUACAAAAAAUGUUUUUCACACUCAACACUCUUAAUUCCAAUAUGACACAACUACACAGUAAAGUUGACCUUCUGUCUUUGGAGGUAAAUCGAAUAAAGAAAAAAGUGAGCCCCCAUGAAAUGGUUGCAGAAUUUCAUCCACCACCUGAGUAUCAACUAACUAAUACUGAGCUAAAGCAGGUGAUGGACCAAAGUUCCUCGGCAGGUGAUCUGGCAUGUCGGUUAUUAGUUCAACUGUUUCCAGAGCUUUUUGGAAGUAAUGCAUUGCUUAGAAGCUGCAGCACUUGUGGAUUCUUUAGUAAAAACAAACUUGAGUCCCUUCAUCUCCAGCUCAUAAGAAACUAUGUUGAAGCAUGCUAUCCAUCUGUCAAGAACAAUACUGUAUGGCAAGUUGAUGUCUUGCCUCAGAUCAAUGACUUCUUUAACAGAUUUUGGGCUGAAAGAGAAAUGGAGAGUAGCCACCAUGGAAUACAAGCCACCACUUUUUUUGAAAGUUCACCAAGUCAAAAUGCUGACUUUGUUGAAAAUAAGGAGCAGGAGGAAAAUGGAAGUUUGGAGAGGGUCAAUCCUCUUGUCUCAGAGUAUGCUCUUAAUUCACAGGACCUAAAUGAAUAUUUAGAAGAGGCCUCAUCUCCCGGUGAAUUUGCUGUGUUUUUGUUUCAUCGAUUAUUUCCUGAAAUAUUUAACCAAAGAAAAUUUGGAGAGAGGUAUUUUGGAGAUCUGGAAGGUUUUACUCUAGACCCACAUCGGUUGCAAUUGAUUCGCCAAUAUACUGAAAUAUAUUUUCCAGAAGUACAAGAAGAAGAAGUUUGGCUACAGCAGUGUAUACACAGAAUAAAUGAUGAGCUAGAAAGCAUGUUUAUGGACGGUAGUGAAUGUGAUGAUGCUAGGGAUGACAGCUUUGAGUCAAACUUGCCUGAUGAUUUGUCUAUUGUAAAGGUAGAAGAUGGUGCAGAAACUGAAAAGCUAGGAAGGAGAUCUAAAAAAAUAUGGCUUGUUCCAUUUGACUUUGAUAAAGUUGACAUUCCCCCACCAGACUUUGAGGUUCCUUUUCCACAAUUCCUGCUUAGCAAAGAGCAAAUUAGAAGUAUAUAUGAGACUAGUUUGUCAAUCGGUAAUUUUGCAUCACGACUUUUGGUUCAUUUGUUUCCUGAGCUAUUCACACAUGAGAACUUGAGAAAACAAUAUAACUGCAGCGGAUCACUAGGAAAGAAACCGCUUGAUCCUGUUCGUGUAAAACUUAUUCGACAUUAUGUUCAAUUACUUUAUCCCAGGGCAAAGAAUGACAGAGUUUGGACUCUGGAAUUUGUAGGAAAGCUGGAUGAGAGGUGUCGCCGAAGGGAUACUGAACAAAGGAGAUCUUACCAGCAGCAACGGAAGGUCUACGUUCCAAUGCCUGAGAGGCAAGACUUUGCAUCCUUUGAUUUGAAUACGGAUAGAUAUAGAGAUCUGAUUGAAGGACCACCACUUCCUCCUGAACGUAGUACAAAGGACUUCUGCAAAAUACCACUAGAUAAGAUUGCAGUUCCUCCACCAGACUUUCCUGUGCCUUCAGUGUAUCUUUUAAGUGACAAGGAAAUUAGGGACAUUGUGCAGCAGAGUCUUUCUGUUGGAAAUUUUGCCGCCAGACUGUUGGUUAGACUUUUUCCAGAGUUAUUUACGCCAGAAAAUUUAAGACUUCAGUACAACCACUCGGGUGCAUGCAAUAAGAAACAACUCGAUCCUGUAAGGCUGAGGCUAAUUCGGCAUUAUGUCGAGGCAGUGUACCCUGUGGACAAGAUGGAGGAAGUAUGGCAUUACGAAUGCAUUCCUAGUAUUGAUGAAAGGUGCAGACGCCCAAACAGAAAAAAAUGUGAUAUACUAAAAAAAGCUACAAAAAAUCAAAUCAACACCUGCUGAUAAAAACCAUUAGUAAAAUAUUUGAAUUGUCUUUGUAGAAAUUUUAGAGUGCUGCUUUAACGUGUUUGUCUUCUGAAUAUUACAGGUAUAGGACAAUGCUUUUAGUACUUUUCCAGAAUGUGAGACUGACUGCAUAUUUGCACUCCAUUUUUAAAAUUAAGGAUUUUUGUUUUGUUUUUACUUAUGUCUAUUGUAUUUUUUUAAUCUGUUGAUUUCCUGGGUUUUGUUAUAUUU